GUUCAAGUCAAGGAUGCGAGUAUUGUCUAGAAAAUCACAUCAUCGCUGACGAGAGUUUCUUGUGGGAAAAGAUAAUUAGGGCUCUAUUUAUCAUAUUAACGUUUCUUCACCAAAUUCCAUUCCAAUACAUGCAGAUUCUCGACGAAUUUGAUCACCGGCGAAGCUCCGUUAACAGUGCUUCAUCAUCCGGUUCGAAUUCUUCUACUCUUUUAUAGUCAGGAUAUUGCUCAAUUUUAACUGGAUUUUACACAAAACUUUUGGAAAAUGCUAUUCCUAUAGGUGAAGGAGUUUUGCAUCUUGCAAAGUUUGUGUCAGUCUCUUUCAAAUCCACCAUGGAUCUCAAUGAUCUUAACAAAGUCUGGGAAGUCAAACCUCUGAAGAAGGUUCGAGAAGAUGAAGCAAAAGAAAUUCUUGAAAAAAUAGCAAAGCAAGUUCAACCCAUCAUGCGAAAACAUAAAUGGAAAGUCAAUAUCCUCUCCGAAUUUUGCCCUCCCAAUCCUGCUCUUCUUGGUCUAAACAUAAAUGGAGGUGCAGAGGUAAAGCUGAGACUUCGUAGGCAAAACAAUGAGUGGGACUUCUUCCCUUAUGAGCAAAUUCUUGACACCAUGCUUCAUGAGCUCUGCCACAAUCAAUAUGGCCCACAUAAUGCCGAUUUCUACAAUCUACUAGAUGAAAUCAGAAAGGAAUGUGAAGAAUUGAUGGCCAAGGGCAUAACGGGAACAGGGCGAGGAUUUGAUCUUCCUGGGAGAAGAUUAGGAGGGUAUUUUCGUCAACAACAAACUCCAUCAUCACUCCGCCAGAAAGCCUUAUCUGCUGCACAAAAUAGAGCUCAGAUGGGGACACUGCUGCCUUCUGGCCCACAUCGCCUUGGUGGAGAUAGCAGCAUGAAGACUGCCCUCAGCCCAAUUCAAGCUGCUGCCAUGGCUGCAGAAAGAAGACUACAUGAUGAUUUAUGGUGUGCUUCUAAAUCUUUUCAAGAACCUUCUGUAACUUCUGAAGCAUCUGUCUCACAAAACAUAAGUUCAAGUGAAGGAGAACCAAAAGCAUCAUCAUGGCAAUGUGGUACCUGUACACUAUUAAACCAGCCAUUACUUUUGACAUGUGAAGCUUGUGGAACUCCAAGAAUAGAAGAGAAGAAGAAGAUGAAGAUUUGGUCAUGCAAAUUCUGUACAUUGCAAAACUCGGUAGCAAAAGAUCGAUGUGUAGCUUGUGGGGAAUGGAGAUAUUCAUAUGGUCCUCCUACAGCUGUUCAUGGGCCAUAUCUUGGUACAUAAACAAAUCUUGGACAGUGGUUUUGUAUCAGAUUAUUUCUAUUAUCCAGCAUUUUUUCUUGGUGGUGCAAAAUGAUAUAUGUAAUUAAAGUUUUCUUGGUAUUGGGUUAUGAGUGAUUAGUGGAAAAUUCUGUUUUUGUACACUAUAAAGCAUUAGGUACUCAAAGGUAUUGUAUUGCUAGUA